AUGGCUUUUGUUUUACGGUCAUUUCUUACUUUGGACAGAGUUCAGAAAGAGGAGGCACUAAAAUUUCGUGUUGCCAAGACCGGUGAAGUUGGUGAAGUAGAGAAGGAAUUAGCAGCUGAGAUUUCAGCUCUGGAGAAACAAAGGAAUGAGAUUGAAGCUCAACUAAAACAGGUCAAUAUCUCCUUGGCAGCAGCUAGUGCGCGCCUUCAGAAUGUCCGAGAAGAGAGGGACCAAUUCUAUGACGCUAAUGAUGAGAUUGUUGCUCAUUUAAAAACCAGAGAAGAUGACCUAUCAAAGUCCAUUGGCUCAUGUAUAGUGGAAGCAGAUGUCCUUAGUUCAUGGAUCAAAUUUUUGGAGGACGCUUGGGCUCUUCAGUCCUCCUUUACAGAGAACAAAGAGAAGGAGGCCAAUGUUGAAUUGGAAAGGCAUGAAGAUUAUUUUGUGAAUUUGGUCUUGCAACUUCUCUCUGCUUAUGAGAAAGAGUUGAGGCCUUCUAUUAAUCGUAUUAGAAAAUAUGUCUUCAACUUGAAGAGUUUAGUUGAAAGCUCAGCAGAAGAAUCUGGUCUGGCUUCUAGUGAAUCAAAAGCAUUGAGCCCUAGGAAAAGUCUGGAGUUGGAGUACCUGGACCAUGAAGCCAAGAUUAUUACCACCUUUAGUGUAGUCGACAACAUGAUGGAGCAGUUCUAUGCUCAACAAGGGAAAAUAUCCAGGAAAGAUGAGCCAAAGAUUAAAGAGCUGUUUGAGAACAUUGAAAAGUUACGAGAAGAAUUUGAAUCUAUUGAGAGACCAGAACUAGAAAUGGAGGUCCCGGAGGUCCCCAGCCAAGAGGAUGCUUCAUCCCAUAAAAUUCCUGAUGAAAGUACGCAUACUGCAAAGAAGGCAACAGAAGCCCCUGCAACUGCAACUUCUACCAAACCGGAGCAGGUAUCUGAUGCCCCAUCCUAUAAAAUGCUAGAUGAAAGUGUAUCAAUUCCUGCGAGGGAGGCAACAGAAGCCCCUGCAGCUGGGGAAAAGGAGGAAAAGAAAGCAGCUGCUACUAAAGCAGAGCAGGUGUCUGAAGCAGAGUUGGCCAAAUUGGAAUCUAAAUCUGAAAACAUUAACCAGGAUUACUCUGCAGAAGAGAUUGGUGGCUGGGAAUUUGAUGAGCUGGAAAAAGAGUUAAAUACUGGGGACUCAGGCAAUCCCCGGAAAGAUAGAAACAUCUAAACACAAAACUCAGAAAUCUUCGAUCCAUGUUGAAUAAUGAAUGGACAGUCAUGUAUGUACACCAGAAUAAGAAUCCAGACUGAACCUCCUAACUUGAGCAGACUUUUCCUUGCCAGUUGUAUCUUUGGAUGUAGUUCCAUGUAUUUAUUAUUUAUGUAAAUUUGCGAAGUUGUGAAAGAACUGCAUCAUAUCAGAACCAUGUAGGAACUUUGUGAGGAUUAUAACAGUCAAAUGUAUCUUCAUAAUGCAACAUACACGAGUCUUUGUGAAGAUCAGGUAUACAUGGCCAAGUUCACUUCUAAUGCCAAAAUACUGAAAUGAAAUUUUGCAUGCAA